GUUCGUUCUUUUCGCAGCACCGUACACCUCGUGUUGUUCCGUGCCUAUCGGUUGCUCGGUGGAUUUUCAGUUUUUCCUGUCCAAAUCCAGCCGGAAAACCCUUCAAAAUGUCGAUGUACAAUUUCAAGAAGAUUAUGGUGGUGCCGCCCGCCAAGGCAUUCAUCGAUAUUAUGCUUUCGAAGACCCAGCGGAAGACACCAACCGUUGUCCAUAAGCAUUAUAAAAUAAGCCGGAUUCGUGCUUUUUACAUGCGUAAGGUGAAAUACACCCAGCAAAAUUUCCACGAUCGUUUGACGCAGAUCAUUCAAGACUUUCCCAAACUGGACGACGUUCAUCCUUUCUACGCCGAUUUAAUGAAUGUGCUCUAUGACAAGGAUCACUACAAAUUGGCUCUGGGACAGCUGAACACGGCUCGGCAUUUGAUUGAUACCGUAGCAAAAGAUUACGUUCGUUUGUUGAAAUUUGGCGAUUCUUUGUAUCGCUGUAAACAGCUUAAAAAGGCAGCCCUAGGACGAAUGGCUACCAUCAUGAAACGGCAGGCUUCGAAUUUGACAUAUUUGGAACAGGUCAGACAACAUCUUUCUCGUUUGCCCUCGAUUGAUCCCUACACUCGAACGGUUAUCAUUUGUGGCUUCCCGAACGUGGGUAAAUCCAGUUUCCUUAAUAAAGUCACCCGUGCGGAUGUAGAAGUUCAGCCUUACGCUUUCACUACCAAGAGUUUGUAUGUCGGUCACAUGGAUUACAAAUAUCUGAGAUGGCAAGUUAUCGAUACACCUGGAAUCUUGGAUCAUCCUUUGGAAGAAAGAAACGUUAUUGAAAUGCAAGCAAUUACAGCUAUGGCGCAUUUGAGAGCUUGCAUUCUUUACUUCAUGGAUAUUUCCGAGCAAUGUGGUCAUUCCAUUGAAGAACAGGCAAAACUUUUUGAUAGCAUCAAGCCUCUAUUUGCAAAUAAGCCUUUGAUUCUGGUAUUGAACAAAACCGAUAUUAUCACAAUGGACGAGCUGACACAAGACAAGAAGGAUGUGAUCAAGUCACUUACGGAAGAUGUUGAAGAGAUCCCCAUUUUGCAAAUGUCCACCGCUACCGAAAAUGGGGUAAUGGAAGUUAAAACAGAAGCUUGCGAACGGCUGCUAGGAUAUCGAGUUGAUCAAAAAUUGAAGGCUAAGAAAAUUGAGGGUGUUCUUAACAGAUUGCACGUCGCUGUUCCCGAGAAACGAGAUGAUAAGGAGCGUGCUCCUUGUAUACCGGAAUCCGUUCUGGCUGCUAGAGCCAAAAAUGCAGAAAAAUUGGCACGUCGUCAGCGUAAGCUUGAGAAAGAAAUUGAACAGGAAAUGGGAGAUGAAUACACACUGGAUCUUAAGAAAAAUUAUGCCGACAUUGCGGAAGAAGAACGUCACGACAUUAUUCCAGAGUUCCUCAAUGGAGUCAACAUUGCAGAUUAUAUCGAUGCAGAUAUAUUCGAAAAGUUGGAAGAACUGGAACGCGAGGAAGGUCUUCGAUUGGAGUCUGGCUUCUACGAUCCACCUCCGCUCAAUUUGGAUGAAACUCUGCUGGAGAUUCGGGAGAUGGCCAAGCAAAUCCGGCUCAAACGGUUCUUGCUUAAGGAUGCUCGUAAAUUACAACAGAAGAGCGGCCGACCAGUUAUGCCACGACACAAACAGGCCUCAGUACGCGAUCGCAAAGUGGACAACCUUCGGCAAACGAUGGAAAAUCUCGGUGUCGACAUGUCCGAAACCAACCAAGCAAACUUCACCAAAAACCAGGUCGAUAUUCGAAGAAGUCUGGUGCCAGCUGUUGGAGGUCCAAAGACACCCAAGAAGGAUCACGAGUCUACUGCGAUUGUUAGAGCUACUGGUCUCCCGAUUAAGCGAAGAACUCCUGGUCAUGAACUGGGUAUCAAGGACGUUAUGGUGAAGAAGAAGGCCAAGCUCAUGGCAAAACACGAUAUUGCCAAGAAGGUGACCAAGCUGUCCCGCAAGGGAGAAGCCGAUCGACACAUACCGGAUCUGAUGCCGAAGCAUUUGUUCGCGGGCAAACGUGGUACUGGCAAGACAGACCGACGUUAAAAGCCGCGAAUGCCUUGGUUGUGAUCGAUAUGGAUGGUGUAGUGCUGCAGAUCCGAAACUUUGCUUUGAUCAAGUUUCGAGGAAAGUUUUAUAAACAAUAUUAUUAUUGUAUGAAAAAUAAUAUACAAAUCUAUUAAAUCGCCA